GGACGCACCAUGACGAGCUCCUCGACUCCAUCCCGGAAGGCGCUGAGCAAGAUCGCCUCCGGCCGGCUGCAGAAGGAGCUCGCCGAGUGGCAGGUUGGCCCGCCCGCCGGCUUCAGCUACAGGGUCUCCGAUAACCUCCAGAGGUUCUACAAGGCUGUGAGCAUACAAGGCUGCUGCCUCUGCAUGACUGGUGGGUGGAAGAACAACAAGUGGAAGCUCAACUCCUCUUUGUGGAACCAAAAGUUUAAUCCUCGGGUUGUUUUGGAUGUGGCUGUAUUGGCUGUGGACUGUUAUUUGUGCCUCAAAAUCUGGAAUGUUAAGUGAUAGUCGAUGUUGUAAAGUCCUCCUUCUGGCUGGAAGUUUUAGUGGUGUUGCUGUAAAGUCUGUUUGGUUAGACUUGUGAUAGAGCUGGGUUGCGUUGUUGCACUUUUGUUGAUUAUUGUUUCAACUGUGAUCUGAUUGUCGAAAAAACAGGGGGAUUUAUGGCAAAAAUUUUCUGA